AAAACAAUUCAUAAAACAUAAAUCUAUCUUUUCCCCCAAAUCAGAAAAAAAUCACAAUUUUUAGGUCUGAAAUUUCUCCAAGUCGGGUUGAAGUCUCCAUGUUUGAAAUUUCUCCAAGCCGAAUUUCUAGGUCUCCAAGUUUGAAAUUUCUCAUAGUCUGAAAUCCUCAAACAUAAAGCAACGACGCCUUCUUCUCCAAGUCUGAAAUUUCUCAAGAACGAUCCCUCACAUAUUGAAGAACGACACAUAUUCAGUUUCAUGGUUGUUCACCUGUGACCUACGAAAAUCCCUCAUAGAUUUCUCAUUGUUCAUCAAGGACAGAACAAAAUGCUUCACUUAAAAAGAUGAUGUCUUAAAGCUUCAUCACAUUGAAAGGAUUUUGCUUGAAUAUGGUUUAUCAGUACACUCCUGCUGUUGAUAUUUGGAGCAUAGGAUGCUUAUUUGCAGAAAUGCUCACUGGAAAACCAUUAUUUCCUAGAAAGAAUGUAGUGCAUCAAUUAGACCUUAUGACUGAUUUGCUAGGAACACCUCCUCCUGAAACCAUUGCAAAGAUUAGAAAUAAAAAGGCAAGAAGAUACCUCGGUAACAUGCGCAAAAAACCACCAGUUCCAGUUGCACAAAAGUUUCCACAUGCGGAUCCUUUGGCUUUGCGCCUACUUGAACGCAUGCUUGCAUUUGACCCUAUAGAUCGACCAUCUGCAGAGGAGGCUCUGGCUGAUCCUUAUUUCCGUAGUUUGUCGAAUGUGGACCGUGAACCAUCUACUCAUCCAAUAUCAAAGCUUGAGUUUGAAUUUGAGCAGGGAAAGUUGGCAAAAGAUGUUAGAGAGCUCAUUUAUCUGGAGAUAAGAUUUAUCGACAACACAGAUCCAGCAGGCAUUGAUCCAGAAGGCUUUCUGUGAAGCCGACUUGAUAUUUGUAAAACAGGUUUUGACCUCAGGGUAUUGCCAUUACACAAGAGAACUCAUUGCUUAACAACACUGUUAGAAUUGAGGGUUUGUUAGCCGAAUUCCCUAUGUUUGAUUGGGUGGGCAAAAGAACCUCUGGAAUGUCUGCAGUUGGCUUACUUCCAACUGCACUUCAGGGAAUUGAUAAUAGAGAGAUGCUCGUUGAUGCUGCAUUGAUGGAUGAAGCAAACAGGACCACUGUGAAUUAUAGGAGUUGAUGGAGUUGGAUCAAAGGUCUGGUUCACUUUCAGAUUUGUGGUUGUGAUGUCGGAGGAACAUAUAGUUGUGUAUUUGACUAUGUGGAUAUGUUGUUUCUUAUCUCUUGCAGGAUAUGGUUGUCCUCCCAUACAAGGAUAGUUUAUUACUAUUUAGUAGGUAUUUACAGUACCUUGUCAUGGAGUCUCCGGGGAAAGAGUUUGACCUUGACGGUAACUGGAUAUAUUUCCUAUAGUUUCCAGCUCUUAAUUUUUUUAGAUUAAAACCACACAGAAUAGAUGCAUUUCCACUUGCUAACUGGUCAUUGUUUCACCGAAAAUUUAGUUUCCUCUUUUUCUUGUUUCCAGCUAUAUUCAACAACUACGAGACAGUGUGCACAAUUUCUUUGCAACAUUUAUUGAAGUAUUGCAUGAUAGGCCCCCUGGUCAUGAUUGGGAGCUUGAACCUGGAGUUACUUUUGGUGACUACCUCUUUGGAAUGUUACAGGUUAGUUCUUCUAGUAAUAUUUUCUAGUAAUAUUUUAGUUUAGUGGAAAGAUCGGAAGGGGGAGUGAAGGUUUAGUGCAAGAAAUGCAAGAUGUUCUAGAGCCUUCAAACAGUGAGAUGUUGAAUGCUCUAUAAACUGACCUACUAUGCAAUUGAUAGUUGAUGAACAUAAGAUACUUGAGAUGCCACAAUUUUUUAGCAUUCUACUAAAAAGAACAAG